UUUAAGGACAAAAGUCAUUGGGUCCACAGCUUUUGAAGGCAGUCAGACUUUUACAAUUGUGAAAAUAAUUAUUUUUUGGGGGAAAAAAAUGGAAGAAAGUGCGUUAUUGACAAAUAUUACCAUGAUAAUAACGAAGGAUAUACUCGUGGACGAGGGUAAUUGCCUUAAGAAACCUAAACAUUUUCUUUGGCAUAGUAGCAGUAACCAGACAACAAACACAGAUGUUGAUAACAAUGAAAUGAGGUUUCCUCUUUUGACUGCUGCAGAUGAUGAAGACGAAGAGUUCUUCCUGAAACAACAAUUUCUAGACGAAGCGACAAAGGAAAAACAGCCAACAUCGACAUCACAUAAAAAGCAAACAGUUGCCACAAGUAGUGGACAGAUACUUAGAAAGAGGUUGACUGUAAAAAAAUCAGAGAAAUUCUAUGAGCAUCGCCAAAGGCAAGGGUCGGCCAGUAGACUGCUUAAGAAGCCCAAGGAGUUGAAUCUGCUGAAUAAAUAUGAGAAUAUAGAGUUUGAAGGCUAUUUGCAUAUGAGUAAAAUGAGCUUUCUUAAAACCUUUCAAUUUAUCAAGCAUUUAUUGUCGCAGUCCACAUUCCCUGCUGGUGUGCCUGCCCAAACUGUAUUCUCUUUAUCCUUAUGGAAAUUGACCACCGAUGAACAUUUUGAGGAAAUUUCAAGACGUUUUCAAAUCUCUCAAACGGAUUGUGAGGCCAUAAUAAGUCAAUUUUGGCAUAUUAUCUCAGAUAAAUAUGAGUCCUACAUCAAGUGGCCCAAUUCACAUUUGUCACAACAGCUACAGCUGCAAGGAUUUCAAAAACACCCCCAAUUGAAAAUAUUUCCCAAUCUCUUUGGUGUUUUGGCAAUAAAACGUUUGGACAUAUUUUUAGCUUCGGAAGAUGCUGAAAUACCCAUAAUAUUACAAAUUGUCUGCAAUGUGGAUCAAAAAGUCAUAGAUUGUUUUGUGGAGUUGGAGCAGGAUUACUCAUUUGAUGAAACUCCCAUGGGACAAAUAUUGGCUCUUAAUGAGAACACUAUGCCCAAAGGUUGCUAUUUGAUUGGCAAUAAAAGCUUUCCCCUUAAAGCUUAUCUAAUGAAACCCAUUACAAGCCCUUGCUUCCGUAAGGAACAUGAAUUUAAUCGUCUAUUGGAACCAGCUCUGCAAUUGGGACAAGACACUUUAGAUAUUAUGGCAAAAAGGUUUAAUGCCUUAUACGCUUUGGAAGCCCGAGAUUUGGCUGAAGUUCGUAAAAUUUUGGAAACGGUAUGUGCUUUGCAUAAUUUAAGUGUGGCCAUUGAAGAUGAUUAUGUGGAACGCAAACGUGAAGUGGUCAAAUUCAAUUGGGCCAGAGAUACCAAUAGUCCGAUUAGUACUGUAGGUAGUGAACAAAGCGUUUUGGGGGUUCAGAAAAGAAGUGACUUAAUCGAUAGAGUAACACUGUAAAGAAGAAAAAAAUUAAAUUUUUUAUAAAAAUAAAAUUUUACCAAGUAUAUGUAGGCCAACUGGUCUGCUUAAAAAGAAAUCCUUUCAAUAAA